AUGUUUCGCACGUCGGGGACCUCGGACAGAAAUGUCCGUGAUGUUGUAUCUGAGAACACAGAGUUGAAGAAGUUCCAUGAACAGAUAAGGAGGGAAGUACGAACCAUUCUCAGCAGACAUGAGGGCAUCCUGGGCAGAGGGUUCUUGGAGGACUCCUCAGGGGUGAACAAGCGUGGUGGUGUACGUGCCAGACCUACCCGGUUGGCAGAUGCUGGGUUUACAGGCAGCCUGAAGAAGCAAUGGAACAGCCUAAAGCAGGUUUUCGAGGUUCUAGAAGCUCGAGCAUCUCGGUCUGAGGAGAGCCACCUGAUCAGCGUGACUGACCAUGAGAAGGAACUGGCGCGGCUCAAGAAGGAGGUGCAGGAGCUCAGGGAAGAGCUGGCGCAGAGCAGGGAGCUGAUCAGUCAGCAGCAACAGCUACUACAGGAUCAGAUGUUGCCGUCGCCAGGGGUAGGACAGCAGUCUCCGCUGUGGGAUGCUUACUUCUUAGAGGAGCAGUUGAGGUUGCAGGAAGAACGGGAAGUCUUUGAGGAGCAGAAACUGGCUUUCCAGGAUGAGAGGGAGAAGUUCACGGAGGCAGCAAUCCGCCUGGGCCGAGAGAGGCUCCAGUUUAAGGCGGAUCAAGCACUUUUCAUGAAGCAGCAGUUUUUAAAUCUGACUCCGGGUGAUGCAACGCCCCCCUGGAAGAAGACGCCACCUUGGUCUGCUUUUAGUGCUGGAACCCCAACAAGGCCUUACAGUAACUGCAAAAAGCAGUGUUCCCCCGCCAUGUCUUGUGGUCAUAAGAUGGGAUUGACGUCCGCUGACCCCAUGACCCCAAGCACUGCUGAGCUGUACCGGGUCCUGAGACUUGCUCCCCCUAACAGAUUCAUCGCCAGGGAGAUUAAGGGUCCGUCCCGUCUUAUUCUCCCGCAAACAAAAAGACAGCUUAGCCAGAUGCCUCCACGCCACCAACUACCGGAAACGCAGCCGCGAGGCUGCAUGCUGGUGUCGGUGGCUCACGUGGGCGCUAUAACGGCAUCCAGCGCGGAAACGCGAUCCCUGAGCUUUGCCGCCUCUUCCUCAAAGAGGCGGUCCAAGGAGCAUACCCUCCUAAGCCGUAGGUCAGUGAUGCCCCACAAGUGUCAUAGCAGCAGCCAGCGGGGCUCGGAGUCGGACGAGGGAAGCAGCGAAGGAUGGACUGACAGUCUUUCUCCAAGCAGCGCCUCUCCAGAGUUGCAUCAGCAUCCUAAUUCUUAUACACCCAUCAAGCUAAGCAUGACUCCAUAUCUUCAGCCCAGACCCUCUCCAAUGAGUUCGCACCCAAGCCAUAUGGACCCUCAGACCCCCUGUUCUGCAGAGCUGUUCAGAGUACUUCGCCUGACUCCUGCUGAAAGUGCACAUUCGGGGAGGAGAAGUCGUGGAGAUACGCUGUGGAGGUCCGUAGUACACCACUCUCACCGCAGAGCCAGCCUCUCCAAGACUACUGAGUCUCCAUGUUGCCACGAGACUGUAAAGUAUAAUGAAAGUGUGUCAAGGUGUCCUCAUGAGGCAACUGGUGAUUGUUACGAGACGGACUCUGAAGACAUGGGACAUGCCAUGGAUCAGGGAGAGACACCGACCAAUGAUACGCAUUCCUUACCCAGAGAAGAUUACGAAUGUUUCGAUAACGACUCUUUAUAUAGAGUAUCGCCUCUUCAGGAAACCUCUCACCUAGAACCCCACCUUGGGGGCUCUCACUAUUGCAGCCACAGCAAAGGUGUGUGGCCCUGUGAAGAGCUGGGUGAACAGAGAUCCAGCAAUGGGAUCCGUACUAACGGCAUCCAAAAGAGUAAACCCAAGGAGACCCUUCAACCCAAAGAUCGAUGUACAAGUCAGUCAUGUGAGACACUUCAACCCAGGGAUCAGCGUAGAAGUCAGUCACGGGACACUCUGCACCCUAGAGACGCCUGUAGAAGUAGGUCUGCAGAAAGAGGUAACUCCAGCUCCACCACUGAGUGCAGAAGCAGAUCAAGAGAAAGAACACACUCCAGAGAACGGUAUCGAACACGGUCAAAGGAAGAUAUUCAACGUCGAAACAGCCUCUGCCACCUACCAAGGCCGGUCAUUCACAUUGAAGAUGAGUGUCAAAAUGGGGUCCCUCACCACCACAGCAGCAUGAAUAGAAGGAGGUCAUUGGAAUCGCUCCACCACAAACACAGCCAGGCUAGAGAGGCCCUGUACGUUACAGGAAUCUGUAGCAGCAGAUCAAUGCACCGAAGGUCAUCUCAGCAUCGCAGGGACUCUUUAUACACCUCUGGCCCUGGACGUUCCCCCUUGCACUUUCGACAAUCUUGUCCUUCUGCACGCAACUCUAACCCAUGGCCUUCUGAAGAAGUCGCUGCCUCCAACCUGUAUGGUGACCUCAUGACACAAUUCAUGGACUGCUCUUAUUAGGUAACCCCUACCACCAUGAAGAGUAGUAGGUCUUAAAGUAAAUGUAUAGCCAAACUUUU